CUGGGUGUCGCUGUGGGUCACCUUCCGUCUGAGGCGCAGCCUCGCAGGCACUCGAGGAAAUGGUUUCACCGGUGGAAGUGCUGUGCCUCCUCUUGGUCUCUGCCCUAUGGGGAGCCACCAACCCCUUCCUUAGGAAAGGAACCGAGGGCAUUGAGCAGGUUAAAAAAGGCAACAAGAUCUCCCAGUUUCUGGCAGAAGUCAAGUUCCUGUUCCUCAAUGUCAAGUAUCUGGUACCAUUUCUGCUGAACCAGAGCGGCUCCUUGGUCUUCUACCUCACCCUCGCUACAACAGAUUUGUCUCUGGCUGUACCGACGGUCAACUCGCUCAGCCUGGUGUUCACCAUGUUCACUGGGAGACUGCUCGGGGAGGAAUUCGGAGGGAAAAGUGCCGUGUUGGGGAUGGUGCUUAUUACAGCUGGCGUGACACUGUGUGUGUUAAGCUCUGUCUCAGAGCCAGUCAGUGCUGGAGUCCACGUCUCAUCAUGAAGUCCUCCAGAACGAUCUGUUUGUUCUUUGACAUGGACAAGUUCCUGGGUGGAUAUUCCAUUUAAACCGUUAUUGCCAUGUCAUGUGAUGUCAUGUCAUCAUCAUUCACCACAAACUUCUCCAAUUUAUCUUUUACCAUGACCAAGUCUAAAAAAAUUUUUAUGGAAGUCCUUUCAUAAUGCUGUUUUUUUUUUUUUUUGUCUCUUUUGGCUCAAACGAAUAAGAGACACCCAGAACACAUACUUCACAGUUAAACGCAGAGUUGAUCCAGAAUCUUGGCCUCCCAUACAUAAGAAUGGGCGUGUUUAUCCAUUAGAGCGGAAAAACUUGUUCAAGCUCAGACACCACUGCUGGAAAUUUAAUCUUAGAACCUGUAUGACUUCAAUCUUUUAAACAAGGCAACGAUCAUAGCACAUCGACAUUCUAAUCCUUUAUCAGGGUUUGAGAUAAUAUUUAUGGUUUGUUCCCUCGGUUUUCAAAAGGUUUGUUUUGAACAGGGUUCUGGACUCCAUCAGGAGUUGUUUGUAAAAUAAGCACAAACUGUCCUUAACCUGAUUUUGGAACAAAACAAAUUUUAUCCUGAAAUCAAAGAUUUUUUUUUUUUUUUUUUCGUGAACUUUGGACAGGACAUUAAACUGGAGCGGGUGUUCCCACUGUGCUGGUAUGAACAGCUUGCUUUCCUUUCCUUUCUUGUCAUCUAGAACAUCACUUCAUAACACAGACCCCUGGUGUUUUACCUUUUUUUUUGUUUUUUUUUUAAACUAUCCAGCUGGCCAGAUGAUUUUUGUCUACUUUCCACAGACAUUAUGGGACAACGACCUGCUUUCAUUUCUUUGUUCAGAAGAAUAAUGCUUUUUUUUUUCAUCCUGUUUUUCACUUUUAGAUGAAGAUUAUAUAUAUAUUGUAAUAGGAAAUGAUGUGUAAAAAGUAAAACAAGCUGCUCAGGUUCAAUAAAUUAACGACCGGAUGGGGUGAGAAGCUCGAGUUACAGUUCAUAUAAAAUGUUCCUAAGCUUUGCCAAGCUUAGGAACAUCUUAUUCAUAUCUAAUGCAGAAAAGCUUGUUCAUGCGUUCAUGACCUCCAGACUGGAUGGUUGUAAUGCAUUACUGAGGAUGCAGGACAACCACCUAGUAAACAAGCUACAGUUAGUCCAAAAUGCAGCCGCCAGGGUUCUCACUAGAUCCAGAAAAUAUGAUCAUAUAACCCCAAUAUUAUCAUCCCUGCACUGGCUACCUGUUCAGUUUAGAAUUAAUUACAGAAUAGUAUUACUUACAUACAAGGCCUUAAAUGGUUUAGCUCCCACAUACCUAACCAGUCUUCUGAUACGCUAUAAUCCACCACGUUCCUUAAAAUGACAAAACUCCAGACUUCUGGUAGUUUCCAAAAUAUCCAAAUGUACAAAAGGAGGGCGUUUCAUAUUUAGCUCCAAAGCUUUGAAAUAGCCUUUCAGACAAUGUUCGGGGCUUAGACACAGUUUCCCAGGUUAAAAGUAGAUUUAAGACGCAUCUCUUUAAUCUGGCAUACACGUAACUCAUCCCAUAACCUCAUACCCCAGUACAUCCAUCCUGAAUGGAAUUUUUUUUCCCAUUUUUCUAUCCAUCCCAAGGCAUCUGGAGAGCUUUAGUAGACAAAGGCCAACCCUGCGAGGAUCCUGAGGCAUUCAAAGAAGGACCAGCUCCAGCUGGAUUCUGCUUCAUGAUGGUUUGGAGCUACACAUGCUGCUCCUGUGCUCCCAGUGAUCCAGACCCCAUCUGCCCUUCGCACCUGCCGACUCGUCCCUGUACUUAACUGGACUUCAUGUUAAUUUAAAUAACUUAUUUUAUAUGGAACUUUCAGCUGCAUAACACACAUGGUGUUAUAUCAUCUCUAUCUGUUAUCACCGAGAUGAGGAUGGGUUCCCUGUUGAGUCUGGUUCCUCUCAAGGUUUCUUCCUAUUGCUAUCUCAGGGAGUUUUUCCUUGCCACUGUCGCCUUCACCCUUGCUUUGCUCUUCAGGGAAAAUCUCAUUAUUAUCUAGACGCAUAUUUCCUCACACAUACACACUUCCAUAAAUUUUGUUUCCAAAAUUUUCUUUUCAUUUUUGUGAAGCUGCUUUGAGACGAUGACUAUUGUUAA